AUGAUAUUUUUAUGCUUUUCUCAUCUUAUUCACAUUAUCAAAUCAUAUAUUCCACUGCAAACAGUUUAUGGAAUGGAAGAACAAAUACGGAAACUGAAUAAAGAACCAUACAAAAAUCCUCAACUUGUUAAACGUUUUACUGACAACCCCAAUGCUGCAAGUCUCGAUCUGAGUAAUCGUAACCCCAAGCUAGGGGAUGAAGAUAUGGAAAUUUUGGCUGAUCAAUUAAAAACUAACAGGGUAUUAACCGCUCUUGGUUUGCAGCACAACCAAAUCGGAGAUCGAGGAGCAUAA